AAUAUCCUUAUGUGAUCAAGGAAAUUUACAAUAAACAUAAAAUUUGUUUUUCUUAAAACUUUUUUAGAGUAAAAAAUGGAAAAAUAACCAUUAUUUCUUGCAUUAUGAGGCUCCUAAUAUAUAUAAUGAUGAUGGAAUUGAAAUUGAAGGAGCAAAAGAACGUUGGAUAGAAAUUGUUAAUUAUAUGAUUAAUGAUUUAAAAUGGCUACUUAGUCUUCCAUUCUAUAGGUUUUGGUCAAACAUUAUAUUCAAUCCCUCAAUAUUAAAUACAUUAGUAUCUUUUCUUCAAGAAGCACCACCAUUUUAUGCUUUAGAAAAUUUCCCUCCAGAUAUGUUACAACUUUUAGAAAUAUUAAGUCAUUAUGUACUUAUAAUUUUUACACGACUGAUUACAAAUAAGGAAAAUUCAAAAGAAUAUAUGGGCCGUCCUUUUUUUGGAAAUUUAUUAUAUGAGAAUUAUAUAUUUACAAUUCCAAUUAUUUUUGAUCUUUGCCAAUUUUAUGGUCGAGAAAAUCCAAAAAUAAUGGAAAAAAUUUUAAACUGUUUAUUUAUAUUAGAACCACGGUAUAAUAAUGAUCUUCAAAAAACUAUUCCUUGCCUUAUAGAGGCACUUGAAGAAGUUGAAAGAAAGUUUGGUCAUUGUUCUACUCAUACUAAUGCAGCAAUAUCAACAGAUUCUACAAAAUUUACAUUAUUUAAUUUGGAAGAUAUGAUAUUAUACAUUUUAGAUAUAUCUUCAACUAUCGAAAUAUUUUUGAAAAAUUAUCCUUCUGCAGCAAAUGUAUUUCAUAGAGAGGAUUUUAUGAAAAAACUUGUUUCAACAUAUGAAAAUACAAUUCCUGAAAUGUAUAAAUUAUUAGAUGACUUGGCAUAUAAUGAUGAAAAUAUGCCGAAAUAUAUGGAAUUAAAACAUCGUUUAGAUGUAAUAAGAAUUGAAAUUUUAAAUCUUUUUCAUAUUAUUAUAUAUGAACCAAUAUUAAAUAUCCAAGAAAAUGUGUAAGUGCAUAAUUU